AUGACCCCGCUUGCACGAAGCUUCUCGAAAGAAACAGGCUGCGGUAGUCCAAACGCCCAUCAUAGCUUUGGUAUAAGGAAAUCCGAGAAGAUGAAUUUCACCCACCAAUCUUCCGCGCCCUCUGGGCCCAGAUCUUACCAAGGCAAUGGGGGUGCUCGCAACAUCCGUGCAAACAAAAAUCACAACGGCAACGCAUCCUUCGUGCCCAAUGGGCCCGGAUCUUACCAGAGCAAUGGAGGUGCUCGAAACAACCGUGGAAACAACAACUAUAAUGGCAAUGUCAACGGAAAUGGCAAUCACAACAACCAGUGGGACAAUCAUCAAAACGGGUCUGGCAAUGUCAACCCUACCAAUAAUGGCACUGGCAAUGCCAACAACGGGAAUCCCAAUUACAAGGGCAAGAACUUCAACCCCAACUACAAGGGGAAGAGUUACAACCCGAACUUCUCUCGUCCCGUUCCAGCAAACAUUGGUCAGGUUCGACAUGGCAAUCGGAGACGUCAACCCAACAACCAUCAGGGUCUCCAGAGCAAGUACAACCAUUACAAUAUCGACGUUCAGAUGGCCGAGGCACCGUCAGACGAGCCAAAUGACAUCGAGAUGCCCGACGCACCACCUCUUCUAGAUCCACUUGUUCCAGAUCCAGUGAGUGAUCUCUGGCAAGCAGCCAGUGGGUUGCAACAUGCACUAACUUCUCUACAGAGGAUCGAAGCCUUCACAAUGGGUGCUCUUGCGGUCAAAGAAAUUGUUAGUCCCCCAAUUUCGCUUUUCCGAUUCAAUCCCCUUGCUUUCCCACAACCUGCUAUGGAUUCUUUUGCCUUUCGUCCCUCUGCUUUCAAUGACUCUGUUACUCAUCCUCCCAUUUCCAUUCACCCUGCGUUCGGUACAUCUGCUUUCAAUCACCCUGCUUUCCAUCACCCCUCUUUCCGUCCCCCAACUUUCCACCCUCCAGCUGUCCAUCCCAAGAUCAUUGCUUCUCCAAAACUGCAAGGAAACGCUGAAUGCCGAGACCAUGCUCAGACUAGCUAG